CACUGCACACGUACUUUAGAUACCAGAGUUAUAUUUAACAAGGGGGUUUUUGUUUGCAGGUUGGAGACAACAUUGCAGCGGGUUCAGAGGGGUUGUGGACGACGUCGUUGUGUGUGUGUGUUUAGCUGGUUUCUGAAUUUUUUUUCAAGACGGCGCCGUGCUGUUAGACUUUAACUGCCGGCGGAGCUCCUCCGUCUCUCUGUCUGUAGCUCUUCAGUCGCUCAGCCCAACGACGCCGCAAGCUGCCUAUUCUUCACUCUCCGUCUUCCUAGCUGAAGGCCUCUCCUUCAAGUAACAAAUUCUGAUCAGAUCUAUGGAAUUUUUCUGAUCUACGGUGUGGUGUGUGAUCUGAUCUGUUCAUUGUUUUUUUCCUCCAGUUGCUCAGCACACCGAAGCAACCAUAGAACUUGUCUCCACUCUUUCUUUUCCUUUCCCUCGCUGAAGCCUCUGUAACAAAUUUGAUCUGAUCCCUUUUUUUGUUUUUGUCCAGUCGUUCACUGUAAUCUGAUCUGUAACAAAUGCGAUCUGAUUUUUUUUCUCCAGUUGCUGAUGUUUUAUGGCUACUGAUUUUGCUAUUUGCUCUCUGGAAUAUGUGUUGUAUUGUUGGUUUUGCUACUGAUUUUUAUCUCUACUUGUGAUCUGUUGUAUUGCUGGUCGCAAUGGCCGAUACGACGGAGUAUCUGCCAAUCGAACCCACCAACUUUGACCUAAUCGACGUCGGCACCGAUUUACCAUCAUCCAUAAUGGCCGCGGCGGCCUCCGCCGUCGGAAAAUCGGUAAUCCACCUUGACUCCAACUCCUUCUACGGAUCCCACUUCUCCUCUCUCCCCCUCGACGAACUCACCUCCUUCCUCCAUUCCCAGUCCCAAUCAUUCGAUCCGUAUCUUCAUAUACCGCUACCCCAAUCAAAUGACACUGAUGAAUUCAUCGCUGUUUCUCUCACCACCUAAACCAUGUACUCCGAAGUCGAGAUCUCCUCCUAUUCCACCGAACCCCUCGAACAAUCUCGAAUGUGCAGCAUCGAUUUGGCCGGACCUAGGGUUUUCUUCUGUGCUGAUUCGGUUGUUGACCUCAUGCUGAGGUUGGGGGUAAAUCAGUACAUGGAGUUUCAGAGUACUGAGGCGAGCUUUGUUUGUGACGUUGAUGGGAAGCUUUGGAAUGUGCCUGAUUCGAGGAAAGCCAUAUUCAAAGAUAGGAGUCUAGGGCUUACCGAAAAGAAUCAGCUGAUGAGGUUCUUUAAUCUGGUUCAGGAACAUUUGCAAGCUGUUGGUUCUGUUGAUGGCGCGAGCGGUGAAAAUAAGAGGAUUUCGGCGGAGGAAUUGGAGAGUCCGUUCGUGGUUUUCUUGGAGAAAAUGGGGUUUUCACCGAAGUUAAAGUUGUACACAUCGAAUCACCCUUCCUUCUCUCUUAGACCAUCUCGAGCCCACUGGCCAAUCUCCACUUUUUAGUCAUUUUGGCGAGCUUCACUUAAAAUAUCACCUCCCUCGCCAAAAUCUAAAAAGUCUCCACACUCGCAAGGUUUGGAGAGGCCAAAUUUGCUCAUCACUCCUUCCUAUUGGCUGUUGAACUUCUUUAAACAACUAGGUAUUCAUCUCCCCCUCUACACCCCCAUUCCUCUGUUUUGCUGCCGAAAUUCACCUGCCCC